ACGGACAUUUCUUGUAGGUGCACUGCGGAGAGUCUUUUCAACGGUUCCCAAGAUUGUUGGUUGGGGGUAGUGUGCUGUAUUUUUAACUGUCCUUGAUCAUUCUAAGCAGUUACUGCAGCAUUAUCUUUCCGAUUGUUCGGGAUACAUACUGUGAAGUGAAGGCGUACCACAACAUCAUAACAUGCCCAAAAAUAAAGGUAAGGGAGGUAAAAAUCGACGACGAGGUAAGAAUGAAAACGAGUCUGAGAAGAGAGAACUUGUAUUUAAAGAAGACGGACAAGAAUACGCGCAGGUGAUUAAAAUGCUUGGAAAUGGCAGAUUAGAAGCAAUGUGCUUUGAUGGCUCGAAGAGACUUUGUCACAUCAGAGGGAAACUAAGAAAAAAGGUUUGGAUAAAUACAUCCGAUAUUAUAUUGGUUGGAUUAAGAGAUUAUCAGGACAACAAAGCUGAUGUUAUUCUUAAAUAUAAUGCAGAUGAAGCCAGAAGCUUAAAAGCAUAUGGUGAACUUCCAGAGCACGCCAAAAUUAAUGAAACCGACACAUUUGGGCCUGGAGAUGAUGAUGAAAUCCAGUUUGAUGAUAUUGGAGAUGAUGAUGAAGAUAUUGAUGAUAUCUAGUUGAGGCGUAUGCUGUCCUUAACCCUGGAAAACUUCAUAUCUUGUUCUGGAUUUCAUUUAAGUGUUCCCGUGGAAGAUCAACAAUGCUAGCAUGGAUGCAGUUUGAGAAUGGACAGUAUAAAGUGCAUCUCCAUUUUAAUGUAUUUAUGGUUUCAUUUUCUAGCUGUGAACAUUUAAGUGUUGAAGUAACAAGAAUGGCUGUCGUCAAUAAAAUGUCAUUUUCCUUUUA